AUGGGCCGCCAGGCUUAUUUAAACCGGCUCGCUUUGGGUCGGUCACCUUAUGAGCCCCCCGAGACUGCUGUGGUAGACCCUUCGAAUCCGGUUCGAAGGGUGUCCAACGUCCAUUCUGAUAGUUAUAUGCAGCAGUACGAUGCCCGGGGUCAUCCAGUCAAUCCGGAAUCAAAGGCCCUGGGUCGGGAGCUUCGCAGAGCAAAAAAUGACAUCCUUUCUACGAUGGGAGUUGUUGUCAGCGGCGAGGACAGGAAUGCUAGCUCUUCCAAGGAACAAGAGAAAAUUAACCAAAUAGCCACCGAAAACGACUUCGGCCUAGUUAUCACUACGUUGGAUCAACUUUGCGUAUUCCUAGUGCUAACGUGGGGGGGAUUCGACCCACAGGCAUACCGACAUUAUUCCCAUGCUGCUUUGCUUGAAGUGAUUCGCUCCGAGCGUGGAGCGACUGGCGUAUUUGGGUUUUAUUUAGCAGGAAUCCCUGCAUGGGCAGUGUCCAGUGGCUUGGCCAUCAUUCGAGACAGCCCGCUGAAGCGGGUGUUUAUGACGGCACGCGAUUAUUUUGCAGACAUCACUGGCAGCGGAGGUCUCUCGCUUGGGAUUAGAUCUCUUUUCGGGCUCACGUACUAUGUGGCAAGAAGCUCGGUUCUUCUCUUGUCAGUAGAGGCCUACAUGUGCUCUCUGCUGCAGUCUCUAUCUCUUAUGCCCGCAAACGCUAUUCCUAGCCUUCGCAUCUUUGUGCCAUUUGGCGAGGAGUCCUUAGUUCAAUUACCCCAUCUUCCCACCGAGCUGUCUAUACAAUCAGCUGGUGGAUUCAUUAUACGUCUGAUGGCAUCACCGGGAGUUUUGACUUUCUUAUUUGCCUUCUACUUGCGGCCAGAGCUUGAAGAGCGCAUCUACAGACUUAUCCGUCGCCAGCUGCCGAAGCCUACUGUCGUCGACGAGCUUUCCAUUCGUGUCGCGUACGAAGAGAACCUGAUCGACUGGGUGGUCCCCACCCUGGGCCGCAGGUCCGCAGAGGAAAUGCGCCGUGCCAAGCUCACAUUAUUUGAGGACAUCAGGUGCGAAUUGAUCUCCUUCCAAGGAUGGUUGUUCUCCUUCUUUGGUCUUUUGUCAAAAUCAAAAUCUGGCGCAACAACCAAGGAUGGCGAUCAGUUGGAAAGAAUAGAAACGCUUCGAAAUUCAAUCGAAUCGUUGCAGAAUGAGCUUGAAGAAGUUCAAGUUCGUAGUCUUCCUCUGGACGAGGAGCCGGAAGAUCAUUUUGCAAGGCGUCUGGGGUCAUUCUCCCGUACAAACACGGGCGAAAUUGGACGGCCUGAUCUGCCAAUUGUUGCAGAACCUACCCACAUGACUGAGACAGAGCUGGCCUUGAGUAUGCAUCAGGUACUCACCAACGAGAAUCGAAUGUCCCAGUCGCCCGGAGAAAUGAGCAAUGAUUUCUUCUCUGAAAUGGCAACACUGGGUCGAACAAGUGCGCACUCGAACACAACGGCUUCACAGAGUCAAUUGAGCCACACACCAGGUGGGGAAGAUAUAACAGCAGACCGACAAAAUUCUCGCUCAAACACACUCUUCUCUCGCCCGUCAUCACCGGAGACUUCACCCCCGACUUCACCUCGUGUUCGAGCUUCCUUGAUUCAUCAAAGUUCCGAUAUAAUCACAAUGCAGCUAGAGCUUCUAGGCAACCGAAGUCGCAGCGCCCAAGGCCAGGGGAUUGCCUCAAACCUACUACCCAGAAUGAGCCGAGAUGGCUCUAGUUUGCGGCCUUCGACUGCACCUGACCGACGAUCGAUUGCCGAGUUCCUAGAGGCAUUGAUUGUGAGCCAGGCUGCUCAGCAGGAGAUUGCAACAGACCAAGAUGGCGACUCAAAUGCAACUGCAGGAGCGAGCUAUACAACAGCUCAAGAUCUCCCUACAGUCGACGAAGACUCUGAAAAUUUGAUAGAAGAAGCCAUUUCAGUUGGCCAACCUAUCCCGCCUCCUCCACAAGACGGGCCCAUAUCGAAUGUCCCCAAUAUUCUUCCAGAUGGUGUCGAGGAACCUAACGAUGAGGAGCCAGACAGUCAAUUACCAUUGGCCGUGGGAGCAGCCCAAGGUGCGGAUAUUCCAAUAGGCUCUGGCCUCGGACCCCCAAAUUUCGCCUCUCGCUUCCCCGGGCAAUCUGGCACCAGCCCGUCCAUGGUUGCUCACCGGGUUACUCUUCUCUCCGCGCACCCAGUGGAUUCGCUGGCAUCUCAUCUUGCGGCUAUUAUUAGCACCAUGCUUCUCUCUCCCUUGGAAUCACUUACCCUGCGUUCUCUGGCCCACUCUUACCUUUCCACGCACCCUUCAUCUACGACUCAACUCUCAGAUCUUUACGCUGUGGAUGUUUGGUUUGGUGGAGGCUCUUGGUCCGAUAGAAUUGCAUAUACUGGGAGACUAAUUCUUAUGAGAGGCAUGCAGGCCGCGCUUAGGGCAGGCGUCUGGGGUUUCUUGGUUGGUUCAACUAUGAGGAUUGGGCGAAAGUUCUGUGGCUGGGGUAGAUUGAAGUGA